AUGAAUGCAGAAUUGGUAGAUAUUUCCCAUUAUCAAUUGGAUUUAAGACUUCCUCGUUUCGGUUACAGAGCCCCCAGUGUCUCAACAGCUGUAAAACAUAAUGUUUUUAAUGGCUACAGAUGUCAAGGUCAUACGAUGAGAAUUACUUUGCAAAAAAUGAAGAUGAGAAAUGAAGAUCGCAUGGUCCCAGACCAUAUAAAGGCUACCUGCAUAUUCCGAAUAAAUCAGGAGGAGGAAAAAAUGUCAAACGUUUCAGAGAAAGGGAAUUCUGAUGGCAAUGUUUAUUAUUUGUGGCGCUUUUCUUCUAAAGCACCUAUCUCAUUUCACCUCGAGCCAGUUAUAAGGAUACUUGUUGGCUUUGAAGAUACAACUGGGCUGCCGUUACGACCUACCUCUCUCAUAGCCCUACCCACAUAUGUCAAUUCUUCAGAGUUCUUUGAUGUGACAGUCAAUAAGAACUUGAAUGUCGAGAUUUUAAAUGCCACAGUUAUUUUAUCGGCAGCAUCUCCAUGGUUCAAGACUCUUUUUACAAGCGGUAUGGGUGAUUCAAAUAGUAAAAGAGUGAUCAUACGUGGUAUACACCCGAGAAUCUUCUCAAAGAUUCUCAGUUAUAUAUAUUCUUCUUCGUACAAAGUACAAGAUGUUGAUGAAGCCUUAGAGACUAUCAAAGCUGCAGAUCGCAUUGAACUACGUUCUCUUUGUAAUACUAUGUUUGAUUACUUGAAAUUGAAUAUUAACAUUACCAAUGUAUGGUCUAUCUGGGAACUGACAGUGGACUAUGAUUCUAAGGAUACUGAUUUCUUAUGCCAAGAAUUUAUAAGGAAGAAUUUAUCAACUCUUGUCAAGAAUAAAGAGUGGUUAGAUCUGGGUCCAGGUACUACAAUAAGGGUUCUCCGCCUGAGGCGUGUCCUUUCACAUGCUCUUGAAGAAGAUCUCUAUAAUCAUAUUGUAUUGUGGAGAGAAAACGCUAAAAAUAAGGUGGCACCAAAAUCCCCCAAUGCUACCAAUCCGAAUACAGCUAAUGUACUUGCCACUACCAGUCAAUCAAAUCUUAGUGGGAUACAGACUCCUUUGUUGACUCUAGAAUGUAUCGAAGACUUCUUUGCUGAAAUGCUCGAACUUAUUUGUUUUGAUCAAAUGAGUAUGGACUUCUUACUUAACACUGUUGAGACAAAUCCAGCGGUUAUGCACAUCAAUAGCUGUAGAGAACUUAUUCAACGUGCAGUAUAUCUCAAAGUUCCAUGA